CUAAAGUUACCACCGCCACCUUUUGAAAGAUAUGGAUGAACAUUCCGAGGAGGAUAAGGCUAUAGAAGAAAAAACUCGUGGGAUGACCGUUAUGGAAAAGAGAUUUUACUAUAUGAAAAUCUAUGGACCACCAGCUCCAUUCCCUGAACUUCCACAUCCAGGUUACUUUUUCUUGGAAUUCUUUAGGAACCGAGACAUCUGGAGUUCCUUACACCUCACCUACCCAGAAGAUUUCAACACACGAGCCAGAAUCCGGACUUUUAUGGUCAAGACGUGGAAGGGGACUCCGGUUCUCGUCAAAGCGCCCAGAGAAUUGGUUGGCGAGUGGGUGGAAGGAUUUUGGUGCAAGGCGAAGUCGGAAAGGAAUAUUUACCGCCUGGGAGACAAGUUUAUGGGGGGGAACUUCAGGAUGGGUAGCAUUGCGUUUCAGAAGAUGGUGGAUGGGGAGUGGAAGAGCCCGCCCCCGCAAGAGUCGGUUGUGGCGCUGAUUUGUUGGCGGGGUGAUGAGGCGCAACUCGAAAUGGCUUGAGCAGGAUGGGAUCUGUCCAAAAUUUCGAGUUUGUGUAUAUGUCUUUCCCCCUGCAGCAUAGUGCAAGCUCUUUCAACGUGUUCAGUAAUUUGUGAUUUGUCGAUUGGUUGAACAAACGCUUUCG